UUUUUGCAAGGUGAGUUUAAAAUGUACAGUAAAAGUCAUAGUAAUAUGAAAUGAUGAGGUUAUGUUUGGAAUGGUAUUACAACUUUCUUGAGAAGCACUGGAAAAAACUACCUUCUUCUGUCAAGCCAUGCAUAGUGUCUUUAGCUGUUUUCCUUCUUGGAAUUACCAUAAAAGGAGAAUGGAUCCUCCUAUUUGUUCAUCUGCUAAAGCAAUAUGGCUAUCAAGCCCCAGCACUAGCUAAAGACAAGAGUGAACUACCUUGGGAAGGUUGGACACUAGAAUACUUUCGGCUUCAAGGACUCCCCUUGGCUUGGGUCACGAGUAAUCUUGCUGGCUUCGCCAUUUGGUUCAGCGUAGGGGGUUUCCUUCAGUGGUACUACUACAGAACACAACACGAUCAGCCAGAGCAGUGGAAGUGUCAGCCAGAUAGAUGGCUGUCCCAGGAGCAGGAGAGGGAAGAGUUCCUGUGGGGUUGUGCAGGAUUGUUAACCACAAGUACCGGAUCAGCUGUUAUUGCUACCCUUAUCCGCAAUGGAAGUUACUCUACUAUCUACUACCGCUUGGAUACUUAUCCUCUCAUUUGGUACUUCCUGCAGUGGCCAGUCUGUUUUGUAUUGCAGGAUUAUUUCACCUACUGGGCCCACCGCAUCUACCACACUCCGUUCUUAUACAAGAGAUUUCACAAGAUCCACCACAGAUACAAGGCCCCAACAUGUUGGUCUGUGACGGCAUUUCAUCCAUUUGAGAUCUUCACUAUGCAGAUGGUGCUGGCAUCACCACUGUACUUUCUACCUGUCCACUGGACAUCAUUUACUGCUGUUGGUAUCUACACCUACUACAAUGCCAUUCUGGAUCACUCUGGUGUUGAUAUUAAAGCACCCAAGUGGCAAUUCUGGAAACCGGAUUCCAUAUUUCAUGACAACCACCACCAAUACACUCAUGUCAACUAUGGCUUCAACUGCUAUUACUGGGAUCUGAUACAUGGAACAUAUCGCAAGACUGAUCGUAUAUACAAUGAAAAUAUAUUCUAUGGUUACGGAAAAUCACUGUCAGAUGCAACAAAAGAUGAACUUGAAACAGAAGCUAAUGAAAGAUUAGCGGAAAAUAUUAAGGCUCAUCGAAGAUUAACUAAUGUUUUAUUAAAGGAAUAAAUGCAAGAGACAAUGAAUCAAGCUUUUAUGAAAAUGAUUCAAACAUAUUUUUUUUCAAAUGGUCCCAAUUAACAGCAUAGUUUAAACAUCA